AGAAAAUUACCAUGAACUAUUUUCAAACCCUCUUCAUUUGUGUGCUCACCAUCAUUGGCACAUAUUAUGGAUAUCAUAAUAUGUUCUCAAGCCACUGGGAAGUUGUUGAAAAGGUGAAUAAAAAGCCUCAGUUUGUUGGUGAAGAAUUCUGGCCAGUCGAGGCAACUCAGAUGUGCGAUAAUGAAGACUGGGAUACAACAUGGCAAAGUUCGGAAUCCAUUUGCAUCCGGUACGUUCAACAGUUUUAUGAAGUUCGAAUGGAGAUUCUGAGCUGGAGCCCUCCCCUUGUGAUUUACCGGGACGUUUUUUCAAAGAAGCAGGUCUCGGACUAUUUGGAACUUCUGAAAAACCUGAAAAUGAAUGAGCAGAAAGUCGUCAGAGAUGACGGAGAGAUUGCCUACUCCACUUAUCGCCAAGCCAACGGCACAAUCACACCGGCUCACUCUCACGCAGAAGCUCAAUCCCUUAUGGACACCGCUACUCAGUUGCUGCCAGUUUUUGAUUUUCAAUAUACCGAGCAGAUCAGCGCUCUGUCCUACAUCAAAGGAGGACACUACGCCCUGCACACCGACUUUUUGACCUUUGCAAAUGCAGAAGACUCGAAUCGUCAUUUCGGCGAGAUGGGAAACCGUCUUGCAACUUUUAUUAUGGUUUUUAAGAAGGCCGAGAAAGGCGGAGGAACACUGUUCCCUCAAUUGGGAAAUGUCUUUAGAGCGAAUCCUGGAGACGCAUUUUUGUGGUUUAAUUGCAAUGGCAAUUUGGAGCGGGAGGCGAAGUCUCUCCACGGUGGCUGCCCAAUCAGAGCUGGAGAGAAGAUCAUUGCCACGAUAUGGAUUAGAAUUUUCAACCAGCCAAUUCGGGAGAUGCAAGAAACUGGUGGAUCGUUCCAUGCCGGGCUCUUGAUCCCAGAAAACCACGAGUUUUCAUCUCUGCAAAACUUUUUGUAAUUUUUAGAAAUAUGCUAUACUUUUUUAGUAUUUUUUGUUUUAGUAAUUGAUUUGUAUUGAGUUUUGAAUUUUUGUUUAGUUGUUGGUUAGAUUUGGUUAAUUCUUGUUUUAAAUUUUAAGUUUAUUUUAAAUUUUAAAUGUCAAAAAAAUUAUGGGUUGUUUUUUAUCAAUAUUUCCUUUGCCAUCUAUAAAUUCUCUUUG